CAACUCUCUCCUCCGUCUCAAGCUCCAAAGAAAGAGCUUAAUUUCUCCGUCACGAUGGCCGGACAUGCCGUUUCUCUCAGUCUCAUAUUCUCCUCAUUCCUUCUUCUCCACGCUCAUUGCCUCCAACCAAACCAACCAGAAAAUCUAGUCGUCAAAUGGAUCUCUUCAAGUACAAACGAUCUUCCUGUUCCUGAUUCAUCCUACGAAGUGAAAAUUUUCCCUUCAAAUUAUCUGACAGAGUCAGCCGCUGACCCCAAGAUGCGGCUUCCUUCCCAGUCUGAACCCACAGCCGUCACCGUCUUUUCAGAUGAUCGCUUCCAACCAAACCCACCAGAGAAUCAAGUCGUCGAACGGAACCCAUCAGGUUUAGCUACUUCCCCUGAGAAACCCAGCGAAGAUGCCGUUCCGUCGGUGAUAGUUACCGAAUCCAAACCCACCGACGCCAUUGAGCUGCCAGGAUCUGACGCUAUCAGAUCGAGCAAUGAGUACGGCUUCCACUUCCAUUUCAAUUUGCCCUUUGGUUUCCAUUUCCACUCAUACUGCCAUCAUCACGAGCAGGAAAAACCCAAGGAGGAGAGCAACAAGAAACAGGGUUUCCACUUUGAUUUCCGCUUCCCCUUUGCUUUCCACUUUCACUUACACUGCCAUCAUCAUGAGGAGAAGAAGGAGAUGGAGAAACAGUUUGAGCCACGCAUCGCGGGAGAAGGGAUUCCAAAUGGCGAUGGCAUGAUCAAGGCUAGGACGGCAGGGUUUCUGGACGGGAAACGUCUUCAUCAUCACAAGCUAGUCGGGAAUGCUGAAGGGAUUAUGAAAAUGGAGGGAGGCAAGAAGAAGCCCCAUAAGAAGGGGUGUAAGAAAGAGAAGGAAGAUGGUGAUCAAGGAAUGAUGAGAUUCGAGGAAGGAAAGAAGAAGCCUUAUAAAAAAGAGUGGAAGAAAGAAAAGGAAGACGGUGACCGAAUGAUGAGAGUCGAAGAAGGAAAGAUGAAGCGCCAUAAGAAGGAGUGGAAGAAGGAGAAGGAAGACGGUGAAGGGAUGAGGAAAGUUGAGGAGGAAAGCAAGAUUAAGAGCCAUAAGCAGUGGAAGAAAAAGAAGGAAGUCGCAGGUCUUGUGAAGUUGUUCCAGAAGUUCUUCAAGCACUUCCGUGUAUGAAAAUUAUAACAUGGAAAGCACAAGCAACUAUUAAUCAGUGGAUGCCAUCGAUGAGAUGAUGCUGGAGGAGCUUCCUUUAUCCAACAUAGUACAUGCACUUAAAGAGGUGACAUACCCCAAACCAUUUGUUGGGAUGGUGUUUGAUUCUCUUGAUGAUGAUAUCUCUUCUACAACCAAUAUGCAAGGUUUGUUGAUUUUAGUGUAUGAAAAGCUAAAACUCGUGAAUCAAAUAUUGAUUGAUGGUUCAA